AUGAGGUUUGAACAGGCCCUUUAUGUUGCUGCGUCGCUUGUCGGCAAUGUAGCUGGUGUUGCCGCUAGUAACAAGCUCUUCUCCGGUGCCACUAUUAUUGCUUGGGAUGAAUCUGAGCCAGAGCCUCGGGUCAUUCGCGAUGGCUAUUUAUUAGUCGAGGGCGAUCGGAUCGCAAGCAUCACCACUUCCAAGCCAUCUAGACUUCCCAGAAAUACCGAGGUCAUCGAUGCUACCGACCAGAUCAUAAGCCCCGGCUUCAUUGAUACACAUCGCCAUGGUUGGCAGACAGCUUUCAAGACACUUGGAUCCAAUACUACCCUGGCUCAAUACUUUGGACGUUACGGAGAAUUCGCAGCUGCACCCCAUUUCAAUGCCGAAGACGUUUACUGGGGACAGCUAGCAGGACUCCUGGAGGCCCUGAACGCCGGAGUGACAACUUCGCUGGACCAUGCUCAUCAUACUUGGUCGAAUGAAACAGCUUAUGCGGGUCUCAAUGCCUCAGUGGAGAGUGGUGCUCGUGUGUUUUGGGCUUAUGCUUUCCAUGAUGUUCCGGCCUUGAACUACGCAGUCAAGGAUCAGAUUCCUAACUUCGUUGACAUCGCUGAGAGUGGCCUUCUGCAAGACAGCAAUGUUGAGAUAGGAAUCGCGUAUGAUUCGUUCGGCCCGAAUCCUCCAGAUGUUGCAAAGGAGGUAGCAAACCUGGCGCGAGAAUUUAAUGUCUCGGUUGUCACAACCCACUCUCUUGCUGGACCCUUUGGAGUCUCCAACCUUCCCGAGGAUGUUCACUCCUUUGACCUACUCAACACAUCGAUACCAGUCAUCUUUUCUCACGGCAGCUUCCUCACGGCCACUGGCGCCAACCUUCUUCGUCAGACAAACCAAUAUCUCUCCAUCACUCCGGAGUCGGAGAUGCACUACGGACAUACGCAUCCACACUCUUACUACAUCCAGGAUCAGGCUGCGCUCGGCGUCGACACCCAUUUCACCUACUCAACCGACAUUUUAACCCAAGCCCGAAUCUGGUUGCAAAGCGUCCGCUAUUUCUUCUUUGACAAGGUACUCUCUGGAUGGGAGGUGCCCAAGAAUAACCCAAUGAGUGUUGUUCAGGCUUUUUCGCUUGCAACUCGAGCCGGGGGUCUCGCACUUCGCCGUCCAGAACUUGGAGUCAUCCGUGAAGGAGCAAAGGCAGACCUGAUUGUUUGGAAUGCAGCCGAAUCGCCCUCACUGCUGGGGUGGACAGACCCCAUUGCUGCAAUUAUGCUGCAUGCCAGCGUUGGCGAUAUCUUGCAUGUCAUGGUGAAUGGGGACUUUGUGAAGCGGGACAGAAAGCUAGCUAUUGCUAACUAUUCAACCAUCAGACGAAGCUUUCUUGAGAGUGCUAGACGGAUAAAGAAUAUUUACCGAGACUUUGACUACCCAAGUCUCAAAGUCCAAAAAGCAAUAUCAAGGCGCUGGGCAACCAAGGGACUUCUUCCUCUUCCGCCUUCACCCCCUACCACCAACAUUAUCGCUGGCCAUCUUCCAACCGUUCUGAAAGCAGCCAAGGAACACCGCCAGCAUCUUCUGUUCCAAAAGUGGGCCGAGGAAUACGGCGAGGUGUUUUUCGUCAAGUUCGGUACUUUCCAGGAGUACUUCAUCAAUAGCGACCAAGCCGUCAGGGCAAUCUUCGACAAGGCUGCGGCCCAAACAUCCGAACGACCGCGUUGGAUUGUCAGCAACGAGCAGAUAUGCAACAGACUUAACCUUCUCCUUGUUAGCUCGAGUGAAAAGGCAUGGAAAAGUCAGCGGAAAGCCACAACCUUUGGACUAACUAAUUUGAAUCUUGCUGAUGCUGGUCUUCCAUUCCUCCAUUUCGAAACAUUGAAGUUCCUAAAUGACAUUGCACAAGAUCCCAACAAAGGUGCCGAUCCGCAAUCCCUAUGGUCGAGCAUUGGCCGCUACACAUAUAGCACAUUCUCGUCGCAGAUCUUUGGCCUUGAUGUCCCUGAAGACAACAGUCCUGUUAUCGACUACAUAUUCGAAACGGGCCUAGCCCAGAUCCUUGGUAUACUCCCUGGCUACUAUUUAGUUGACACUUUCAACAUUCUGGAUAAGCUGCCACUAUUUCUUAAACCUUGGGAAAGAAACGCAAAGGCCAGGCACAAGCGUGACUAUGAGUGGUGUUGUGACAAGCUUAAGAGGAUAAAGUCACAGAUUGAUGCUGGAGAGGCUCCGCCUUAUAUGACUUUCAUGAGAAGGGUCAUCGAAGACCCAAACCAUCUGGGACUUGACAGCCUCGAGGAUGCCUCAUACCUAGGCAUGAUGUUAAUCAUCGGGGCUUCGGAUACGAGCCGGAUUUCAACUUGGUCAUUCCUUGAGGCUAUGUUAACGUUUCCAGAUGUCUGCAACAAAGCGAGAAAAGUAAUUGAUUCGGCUGUUGGAGACAGAGUCCCGGUUUUCGAGGAUCUGGACAGUAUGCCAUACAUCCGUCAAGUCAUGAAGGAAUCAUGGAGAUGGCGUCCACCUGUCGCCCUGGGCCAUCCCCAUACCACGACUCGAGACAUAAUUUAUAAGGAUUACCGCAUACCAAAGGGAGCGAGAAUACAUUUGAAUGCUUGGGCAAUUCAUCGGGACUCUACACGCUAUAGAGACCCCGAAAACUUCAUCCCUGAGCGUUUUGAGGGUGACACAAGAUCAAGCCAAGAGAGUGCUGCAUCCCCUGACGUUUCCAAAAGAGAUCACUUUGCCUUCGGAGCUGGACGUCGUAUCUGUCCUGGCUACCAUAUUGCGGAUAGGAGCUUUGCUGUCAGUGUUAUGCGCAUUCUUUGGGCUUUCGACAUCAAUUUGAAGCCAGGAACAAAGCUUCCUCUUGACCCCCAAAGCUUUCCAGGCGAUAUGCCAGGUAACCCUGGACUCGAAAUGCCGGUCGUAUUGACUGUCAGGAGCCCAGAAAGGCUUGAAACUAUACAGAAAGAGUUUGAGGCAGCUAUGCGGAACCGGGAGAGUAUGGAGCCAUUAGCUGGGUAA